GGCAGAGCCGAGCUGAAGCCUGAAGAGCUCCAGAUGGACAUUUGCAGACACCUUGCCAAAGAAAAUGCAGAACUGCUGGAGAACUUGUACAGCACCACCAUCGCGUCCUUCAGUAGCAGCUGGGAAGGGAUCCGGGCAGGUGCCGCCAACUUAGCUGGCAUCAUCCUGGAACACACAGACACUCAGCGUAUGAAAUGGCUGGACCUGGAACAUCUGCUGAUGUCUCUCCGGGUCCUAGAGAAAGACCCAAGUCCCACUGUCCAGCUGGUGGCAACUGAGCUCAUAAGUGACAUCUGUCCUGGCCGAGCGCUUGGCGAAUGAAGCAGAACGGAGACAAACAGAACAAGGCGCUCCAGUGGUAUAAGGGCCCUACCAUCAAUCAAAUGUUAAUCCCACCCCUUGACCCCGGCAGCAAGAUGUGUCAUGUGACCCCUCUAAGAACUCCUCCCACUGCCAUCUACCGAUCAGGGUGGGUUUCGCCCCAAUAGGAAUGCCCCGAGGGAAGGGGAGUUCCGGGGCAGGUGACCUGUCCUUUGUGUGACCCCUCUAAGAACUCCUCCCACUGCCAUCUACCGAUCAGGGUGGGUUUCAGCCACUGGGGAUCACUCCAAGAGGAGAUUUGACCAACUGGGGGGAAUUCUGGGGUGGGGUGACCCAU